AUGAUCGACCUCGUCAGCAAGCGGUGCGGCCAUCCAGGUUGCAUGAAGCACCCGUCACAUGGUAAAGACGGCAGCAAGAGGCCAGAGAUCUGUGCCCAGCACAGCCAGGAGGGUAUGGUUAAUACCGCCAAGAAGACGUGCCACUACCCAGAUUGCUCGAAGCGGCCGUCGUAUGGUAAAGACGGCAGCAAGAAGCCGGAGUUCUGCUCUCAGCACAGACAGCAGGGCAUGGUCGAUAUCGUCACCAGGAGGUGCGACCAUCCAGGGUGCAUGAAGCGACCGUUAUUCGGUACCGACGGCAGCAAGAAGGCGGAGUUCUGCGCUCAGCACCGGCAGUAG